AAUCAUCAUCAAAAAUGGGACUCAAUCCCAGCUUUCCUAUUCCAGUUCCUAAGACAAUCAUCAGCUUUGAGCCGGAGAUAUCCUACAAUACGAGUGGAGUAAAGAAGAAGGAUAUAGAGAUAGAAUAUGACAAGACGGGCUUCGAGUCUGCAACAGAAAAGAACUUUCAGGCGUUUGUGGAGGAACGUAAGAAAGCAAGAGAAGCACGGGAAAGAUUUGAAGAUCUGGAUGCAUUACAAAAGAAAUUUACCCGGUAUACAUUGGCUCAACUAGAAACCUUCAAGUUCCAGUUCAUGUCAUUUGAUAUAAACCAAGAUGGACUCAUCGACUAUCACGAAUUGCAGAUUGCCCUCGACGAGCUAGGUGACAGUUCAACGAAACAGGAGCGACGCCUUGCCUUUGAUCAGAUCGACGUGGACCAUUCAGACAGUAUAGACUUUGAGGAGUUCAUAGAGCUCCUAACAGUUGUAUCCAAAGAUGGGUCCCUUUCGGAUGCCAUCGGCAAGAUGUGCAAACGGGGCACGGAUAAGAUGAGCAUUAUUAGGACAAUGUCGGUCGACAGACAGCUACAGUUAGGACUCUUUUGAUAAAUUUGAGAUUUAGGAUCGUACCUGUAAUCUAGAUUUAUGUACAUACAGACUGUAUAAUAUUACAUUUUAUUUGAAUUUUCGUCACCCUUGUUAAUUCUAUCGAUUUUUAAAAAUGAUUUGUAAGCUUUUGGAUUCCUAUCUAAAUUAAUACAUCUACAAGUGGUACAGUGGGGUGUAUGUGAAUUUAUGAGAAAGCAAGAAUAUCAACAACAACAAUUAUAAUGAUAAUAAUGGAAAUACGCUUGACAAUUGUAUAAUGUCUGAAUAUUUGU